UAAUUCCUUAACUAUGCCUAUGUCUAUGUAUUUGUGUAUUUGUAUAUGUUUCCUAUGAUUUCAGGUGUGCAACUGAAACUUGCGAGUCCUACAAAAACAUGGCAAAAUCCAAUUCUGCUGUUACAGUAUCCAACAACAACAUGCUUGAUUCUGCUACUCCUCAUGCCACAGUUUCUGGCUUCGUACUUGAGGAUGUUCCUCAUCUAUCUGAUUACAUCCCUGACCUCCCUACAUAUCCUGACCCGUUACAAGACAACCCUUCCUAUUCUGUUGUUAAGCAGUAUUUCGUACAUGUGGAUGAUACAGUGGCGCAACAGAUAGUUGUACAUAAGAAUAGUCCCAGAGGGAUCCAUUUCAGGCGUGCAGGGCCUGCUCAGAAGGUAUAUUUUGAUUCAGAGGAAGUGCAUGCUUGUAUUGUCACAUGUGGUGGUCUUUGUCCUGGUCUAAACACAGUGAUUAGAGAAAUAGUGUGUGGCUUAUACCAUAUGUAUGGAGUGCACAAAGUUUUGGGAAUACAGGGAGGAUAUAGAGGUUUUUAUUCUCGAAAUACAGUUCCUUUAACACCGAAGGUUGUCAAUGAUAUCCACAAACGUGGUGGAACCAUCCUUGGGACAUCAUAUGGAGGCCAUGAUACCUCAAGGAUUGUGGAUAGCAUUCAGGAUCGGGGCAUUAAUCAGGUUUAUAUUCUUGGAGGAUAUGAAACUCAAAAGGAGGCAGCUAUGAUUUUUGAGGAAAUUAGAAGACGUGGCAUGAAAGUUGCAGUGGUUGGAAUUCCAAAAACUAUUGAUAAUGAUAUCCCGGUUAUUGACAAGUCAAUUGGUUUCGACACUGCUGUUGAAGAGGCACAACGAGCCAUCAAUUCUGCUCAUGUGGAAGCAGAAAGCAAUGAGAAUGGUAUUGGUCUUGUUAAGUUAAUGGGGCGUUACAGUGGAUGUAUAGCCAUGUAUGCAACUCUUGCCAGCCGAGAUGUUGACUGUUGCUUGAUUCCAGAAUCACACUUUUACCUUGAGGGUCCAGGUGGACUCUUGGAGUUCAUUGAGAAAAGACUCAAAGAACAGGGGCACAUGGUUAUAGUAAUAGCUGAAGGAGCAGGUCUGGAACUUAUUUCUAACAACCUAUCUGUUAUGACUAAGCAGGAUGUUUCUGCCGACAAGUUGCUUCAUGAUGUUGGUCUGUGGCUAUCCCAGAAAAUUAAGGAUCACUUUGCAAAACUUCAAAAGAUGACUAUAAAUCUGAAGUACAUUGAUCCUACUUACAUGAUCCGUGCUAUUCCAAGUAAUGCAUCUGAUAAUGUGUUUUGCACCCUUCUCGCCCAAAGUGCUGUUCAUGGAGCAAUGGCUGGAUACACAGGCUUCACAGUGGGCCCAGUUAAUGGCAGAAAUUGUUACAUUCCAUUUCAUGUAAGUUCUGGUGACUCUUGCCAAAUCAAGAAGAGGGUCGUGAUAACUGAUCGGAUGUGGGCAAGGUUACUAGCUUCAACCCAUCAGCCUAGCUUUUGAAUCCUCAAAAUAUCACAGGAGAAGAAACAGAAGAAAGAACGGAACAUAUAUCAGACGGGUCGAAUCAUCCAGAAACAUCUAUCUAUGGCUAAACCUAGCGUAAUCAAGGCACAAGUGUAACAUCAAGUUUUAAUGCUUAAAACUUAGGUCUUUGAUAUCCAAAAG